AUGUACUCAGGCUCCAUGUCUCUCCUGGGCUACCUUGGGGAUUGCGGUGGUACAUGCUACAGAACUCAUUGUUACAUCCCAGUGAGUCCUUCUGUUGCUCUUUGCUCUAGUGGUAUAAGCCCAAACUUUGAUCUCUGUUUACCCAGUAGCUACCAAGGAAACCUCUGGCUCCUGGAUAAUUGCCAAGAAAUCUAUGGUGAAGCCCCAAGCUGUGAAUCUUCCAGCUCUGAGCUCAAGACCAGCUGCACAAGUUAUGACCCAUCAAACUCCUGUGUGCCCUGCAGCAGUCCAACAGUACGCAAAGUAUGCAGUGCUUGUGCAUCUACCAACGUUGGACCCAGUGCCCGCUGCAGCCCUUACAACCAGACCAAGGGGUAUGUAUGCAACUGCUACACCCACAGCCGGUGUACAUCUAAAGCCUGCCAGACUCUCAGCAAUGGUUUCAAAGGCUUUCGGCAACUCAACUGCUUAUCCAAGAAUUUCCAACCCCUAAACCACUGCAGACUGGGUAGGCAGGGGUACAGAAGCAACCAAAAUCUUGGCUUCAUACCCAGUAGCUUCUCACCAUCAUGUUAUAUGACCAGAAGCUGCCAAUCCCAAAACUAUUCAAUGAGAAAUUGCCAAUAUCCAAGCUAUGGGUCCAUGGGCUGCCAACCACUGAGCUAUUUUUCUGGAAACUUCCGGUCUCUGAGCUGUAUUCCAAGUACCUUCCCUCCUUUGAGGUAUUUAUGCAGUGGAUGCAGAACUCUGAAUUGCUAG